CACGUGACCCGCUUGCAAUUUGACGGUAAUGAGUGCGCAAUGUCGCUAUGGGGAGUUAACGUUACGGAGUAACCGAUAUUAAUGUCAUUUUUUUAUAUUUUGUGAAUUCACGGUAAUACAUGCCCAUUAGUAAGCCAUUUUGGAAGAAUUCUCUGUUUGGAAGUCAUGCGGCGGAGUAAGGUUGAGGUGGACCGGUACGUCUCCACAGUACAGAGUUCCUCUCCUUCACUCAAAGAGAAGCCCAUCAAAGGGUUUUUGUUCGCCAAGUUGUACUUUGAAGCCAAGGAAUAUGAACUUGCAAAAAGACAUGUAUCAGAGUACCUCAAAGUCCAGGAGAGAGAUCCGAAAGCCCACAAAUUCCUUGGACAGCUCUACGAGAGAGAGGGAGACAUCAACAAAGCAGUAGGAUGUUACAAGCGGUCUGUGGACUUAAAUCCAGGCCAGAGGGACCUGGUGCUGAAGGUGGCCGAGUUGCUGGUCAGUAAGCAGGAAUGUGACAGCAGAGCAGAGUUUUGGGUGGAGAAAGCUGCCAAGCUCCUGCCAGGAAACCCUGCAGUCUUCAACCUGAAGGAGCGUUUAUUGAGUCGUCAGGGCCAGCCGGGAUGGAACCGGUUGUUCGACCUCCUUCAGGCAGAGCUGGCAGUGCGGCCGGCUGACGCUCACGUUAACGUGAAGCUGGUGCAGCUGUUCUGUCAGGACGGACGGCUGGAUGAAGCCGUUAAGCAUUGCCUGGCUGCUGAGAAAAAGGGCAUGCUGAGCAACAGCCUGGACUGGUACACAGUGGUGGUGCGCACACUGCAGGAGUAUCUAGCUCAGCCCAGCGUCACUAGCAAUGACAAGAUGUGUCGGCUGCUGCAGAGAGAGCUGCUGUUGGCCCACUGCGGCCUGCUGAGAAUCACACUGUCUCAGAGCAGCAUGCAGCCCAGCCUCGAUGCACUCACAGGUUUUGACCAGGUUAUGCAGACGCUGAGCAGCAUCGCUGGCCAGCAAGCAGACGAUCUUUGCGAGGUGUUUGUGGAGAUGCGAGGUCACCUCUACCUGCAUGCUGGCACCCUGCUGCUGAAGCUGGCUCAGGAUCACCAACAGACCUGGAGGGCCAUCAUUGACCUGGUUGCACUCUGCUACCUGCUGGCACACCAGGUCCCCAGACCAAAGCCUAAAGUCUCCAAAGGAGACCAGUCGGCCCCUCAGCUCCUGGAAAUGCUGGCCAACGACCGACAGAGUCAGGCCGGACACAUGUUGCUCAAUCUGAGCACAGAUUCAUCCACUUUGAUCAGAGAGGUGGUGGAGGCGUUUGGGAAUCCUAAAGGUCUGGACUCUCUGUUUGAACUCCUGUUUGGACCACAAGCCUCCACCUCAUCUUCCUUUAUCGCCAACGAUGACAUUCGUUCCAUCAACACCAUGACUCCAGAGCUCUCUCAACUCGCCAAAUGUGAUGCUGGCUCCAUCCUGCUGCAUGCUGGAGACUUGCAACAUCUGGGCUGGCUGGGGCUCCAGUGGACCCUCCUGGCCCAGAGGCCGGCCCUGCGGGACUGGCUCCAGCAGCUCUUUCCCAGGCUCACUCUGGACACCUCCAAACUGGACACCAACGCACCAGAAUCCAUCUGCCUGCUCGACCUGGAGGUGUUUUUAUACGGUGUUGUGUUCUGUAGCCACUGUCAGCUCCAGGAAACUGCAAAGAUCAACAGCGGAGGGAACCAGCAGCAACAACAGCAGCUGUACGAGCCUCGCUGCCUCCCCCUUCCUCUCCUCCGCCUCCUGACCACCGACAGACAGAGGGAGUGGUGGGACGCCAUCUACAGCCUCAUUCACAAACAAGCAGCUCCUGGCAUGUCGGCUAAACUGCGGAUGAUUGUGCAGCACGGACUGAGCACUCUGAGGGCCGGAGAGAAAAAUGGGCUCCAACCAGCGCUGGCCAUCCACUGGGCCCAGUGUCUCAGCCAGACGGGUGACGGAGUGAACUCGUACUACGACCAGAAGGAGUACAUCGGCCGAAGUGUUCACUACUGGAAAGUUGUACAUCCGCUGUUGGAAAAGAUCAAAAACAGACGCAGCAUACCAGAACCACUUGAGCCCCUCUUCAAGCACUUUUCCUCCAAAGAUAUUCAGAUUUCUUCUGUGAAGGGAUACGAAGAGGAAGCCAAGGUUGCAUUUGCGGCUCUUCUGGACAUUGAAGGCAAAACGGAGGAGGCCAUUGCUACCUUGGAAACCAUCAACAACAUGUCAUCCAUCUGGCAGUUAGCACAGAUCUACCAGCGGCUUUCAGAAGAGGCCAGCAACGGGGUUGAAGAGACCCAGGACAGAUGCAUCACUUUCCUGAGGAAGUUUAGGACCUACCUGUCUAAGAUCUACAACGCUAACGCAGAUGACAUUGAGAGGCUGCCUGUCUCCAUGGAGGAAGUUGUGGACCUCCUGAAUGAUGUGAACCAGCAGCUGGGUGAGAGUGCGGAGGGUAUGGAUGAAGAAGAGGAGGAGGAGGCAAGACGAAGAGGACCAGUCCAUUCCAGCCCAGCUCACCCCCCAGAAACCUCGGCCACUAUAUCACACAUUAAGUUUACCACUCCCUCACCGAACAAAAGCCUCAUCUCUCCUUCAAAAAGACACCUGAUUUCCCCCAAGACACAACCUCAUUGGGUGGAGGACCAGAAAAUUCUCCUCCAAAUGCUGUGUCAGCAAGUUGAAGCCCUCAAGAAUGAGGUUCAUGAUCUGAGACACAACUCGUCAGGGAACGCAGACUCCCCUCAUCACAAAAUGUAUGGUGAGAGUUAUGGGGCCGAGGGCCUGCAGGAGCCCUUCACCCCAGUCCAGUCCUACCACGGGACCCCCCUUUAAGUUUCCACCACAACCCCCUCAGUGUACUACAACCAGUCUCCAGCUUCUAACUCUCAGUAUCUCCUGCGCCCAGCAGCAAAUGUAACCCCCACUAAGAGCCCAAUGUAUGGUAUGAACCGUAUGCCACCUCAGCAGCAUAUGUAUGCCUACCAGCAGCCUACUCAUACUCCUCCACUCCAGACAGCCCCAGCCUGCAUUUACCCUCCUCAAGAACCAGUCUUUGGUGCCCCUCUUCACUUCGAAUCACCAGCCACAAGCCUUCUUUCCCCAUAUAGUGAAGAAUAUUAUGGGCAGAGUGUACCCCAGCCAACUACUAACCCUCCCCUUCCUGAACCUGGCUACUUCACCAAGCCAACUGUAGUACCUGUGCAGCCACCGAAGAGCAUUGACGGGAAGCCUAUGGACUUUGGGAAGCUGUCCUUCAGCCAGCAGGCCCCCGCUGAAGUCCCCAGAGUGCCUAGUUUUGGAGCAGCAGGUGCAAUUCCCCCGUCAGGGUCCCCAUCUGGUUUUAAAUUCAACUCCAACUUCAAAUCAAAUGAUGGAGACUUCACUUUCCCAGGUUCCCAGGCCAAGCACAGUGAAAGCCUGCUUGGUCUUCUUACAUCAGAAAUUCCCACCAAAACGGACACUGCCCCAGAUAACCUUCCAGGCCAGGAGCAGCCCCCCAACCAAACAAGCCUCUUCACCUUCGGCAACAAAACUGUUGCCGGCUUCUCCUUUACUGAUCCUGCACAAAGCACAGCCACUGGGAGUCUUUUUGCAAAGACAGAGCAGCCAUUCAAAUUUGGUGACGUUACCAAGCCAGUGUUUGGGGUUGCCGUGCCGGCAGCAGAAGAGGAAAGAGCAGCAGAGAGUGACAAUGACGGCACUCACGUUGAGGAGGAUGAGGAUGGUCCUCACUUUGAACCCAUUGUACCCCUGCCUGAUAAAGUGGAUGUGAAGACGGGUGAGGAAGAGGAGGAGGAAAUGUUUUGCAAUAGAGCAAAGCUGUUUAGAUUUGACACAGACACAAAAGAGUGGAAGGAGCGGGGCAUCGGUAACGUUAAAAUCCUAAAGCACAGCUCUAAAGGAAAGGUCCGCCUCCUUAUGAGAAGGGAACAGGUCCUGAAGAUCUGUGCAAACCACUACAUCAAUGCUGAUAUGCUACUCAAACCAAAUGCCGGCUCAGACAAAUCCUGGGUGUGGAAUGCCAUCGAUUAUGCAGACGAAGAGCCUAAGACCGAACAGCUGGCCAUCCGCUUUAAAACCACAGAAGAGGCAUCCCUUUUCAAAGCCAAGUUUGAGGAAGCCCAGCAAGUUGUGCUCAAUUCGGCAGACAAAAAUGAUCAACAGGAGAAGAAAGAGGAAAGCGUAAAUGUUUCGUCAUCACUGGCAGCCCAAUUUUCUAUUAAAGACGGGGAAUGGGAGUGCAAUGUUUGCUGUGUUAGAAAUAAACCCACUGAUAUGCGAUGUGCCGCUUGUCAAAGUGCUAAUCCCAAUUCUUCAUCCAAGCCAGACAUUCAAGCUGCUGGUGAAACCAAAGCCAGUCCCUUUAGCUUCCAAUUUGGGACUGAUUCAUCAAAAUCCAGUAGUUCUGGCUCUACAUUUACUGGGUUUGGUGCUUUUGGAGCGUCUGUCCCCUCCUCAUUUACCUUUGGCACCAGCACCUCAAAACCUGCUGACACAGUAACUAAUGCUUUUGGUGCUGGCUUUGGUGCUCAGUUUGGGGCUCAGUUUGGCAAGAAGCCCGGUCAGUGGGAAUGCAAUGUUUGCGAAGUAAGAAAUGAGGCCUCUGCAGACAGUUGUGUUUCUUGUACGAGUCUUAAACCGAAAACGACUGCUACAGCACAAACGGCACCACCUGCAGAUGCCCCCUCUGUAUCUGCAUUUGCCUCUGGGUUUGGCGCCAAGUUUAGCAAGAAGGUCGGUCAGUGGGACUGCAAUGUUUGCGAAGUAAGAAAUGAAGCCACUGCUGACAAAUGUGUGGCCUGUAUUACCCCAAACCCUGCUGCUAAAUUAACAGAGGGGGCUCGAGUAGCCCCCAAUCCGCCAGCAGUGUCAGGAUUUGGGGCAGAUGCGACAAAAAAGGAUGAGCAGUGGGACUGUGAUUCCUGCCUGGUCAGAAAUGAUGCAUCGGCUGCUGAAUGCAUUGCCUGCAAUGUUCCACGUGCCACUUCCUCUCUAAAAGCCAUGUUUGACAAGAAGGUUGGGGAAUGGGAUUGUGACAUUUGUCUGGUGAGAAACCAUGCCUCUGCUAAUAAAUGUUUGGCAUGUCAAACACCGAAUCCCAAUGCUAAAAGCACAAGCAGCGCCUCUGCCUCCACGUUUAGCUUUUCGUUUGGAACUAAGAGUUCAUCAAGCCAGCCUGCUGGAACUGGAUUUACAAUGCCUUUUGAAACUGGCAGCACUUUUCAGUUUGGACAAAACAAAGAGAAAAGCUCAGCUGCCUCUUUUAAGUUUGAAGUUCCUCAGGCUGCACCUAGUAGCACUAGUGAUUCAGGCUUUUCCUUCACAAUGCCAGUUCCAGCCGGUGGGUUCAAGUUUGGCAUUCAGGACUCUACAGCAGAAACUCCCUGCACUGAUAAUCAAACACCUCAAUCAGGGUCAGCCUCCAGUUUUCUGAAAAGUAUAGCUGAAAAGCACAAGGAACAAGAACAUGUGUCUUCAACCUCAGUGGGCCAAACAGAGCAAGGUCAAAAUCCAUUAAUUUCUGGAAAUACCAAUACGUCCAGUUUUGCAGACUUGGCCAGCUCCACUGAAGGGGACUUCCGCUUUGGCCAGGCAGACCCGGACUUUCACGGUUUCACCAGGGCUGGUGAGCAGCUGUUCUCCACCCCCACCAAGACAGGCGCAAAUAAUGAGCUAGAUGACGAAGGCAUGUAUAAAACAGAAGAAAAUGACGACAUCCAGUUUGAACCAGUGGUCCAGAUGCCUGAUACGGUGGACGUGGUAACGGGGGAGGAAGAUGAACAGGUUCUUUAUUCUCAGCGUCUCAAACUGUUCAGAUUUGACUCGGACUCCAGUCAGUGGAAGGAGCGUGGCGUAGGGGUCCUUAAAUUCUUGAAAAACAGCACUAAUGGCAGGCUAAGGGUGCUGAUGAGAAGAGAACAAGUUCUCAAGGUGUGCGCCAACCACUGGAUCAACACCACCAUGAAUCUGAAGCCCCUGGCAGGCUCAGACAAAGCAUGGAGGUGGAUGGCCAGUGACUUCUCCGAAGGAGAUGCUAAACUUGAACAGUUGGCUGCUAAGUUUAAAACCCCAGAGCUUGCAUUGGAGUUCAAGGAGAAGUUUGAAGAGUGUCAGAGACUUCUCUUGGACAUUCCUUUACAAACCCCCCACAAGCUCGUCGACACAGGCAGAACAGCACGCCUCAUUCAGAAAGCAGAGGAAAUGAAAUCCGGUUUGAAAGACCUGAAGUUCUUUUUGACAGACGGGAAAACAAAGAUCAAAGACGAGGACAGACAGGGAGACGUCGCAACAUCCAGCAAUGUCUCAAACCUUGCAAUUAAGCCUCACGGUGAAACCACCGGCCCCACCUUAGAGUGGGAUAACUACGACUUAAGAGAGGAGGCUUUAGAGGAUACUGCCGACUCAUCAGUCUAUGCCUCUCCUCUUGCCAGCAGCCCCCCGAGGAAAAACCUUUUCUGCUUUGGAGAGUCAACCAGUGGCUUCAGCUUCAGCUUCCAACCUGGCAUCAGCCCCUCCAAGUCUCCUGCUAAGCUUAACCUGAGCAGAGCCUCAGUGGGUACUGAUGACGAGCAGGACGUAUCCCAGGACGAGGAGAGGGAUGGCCAGUACUUUGAACCUGUGGUCCCCUUGCCUGAUUUGGUGGACGUUUCCACAGGGGAAGAAAAUGAACAGGUGGUCUUCAGUCACAGGGCCAAACUGUAUCGCUAUGAUAAGACACUGGGUCAGUGGAAGGAGAGGGGCAUUGGAGACCUUAGGGUCUUGCAGAGUUAUGACACCAAACGAGUGAGGUUGAUAAUGAGGAGAGACCAGGUACUUAAGAUCUGCGCCAACCACCGGAUCACAUCCGCCAUGAAGCUUGAACCCAUGAAGGGCGCGGAGAAGGCCUGGGUCUGGAGUGCCAUGGACUUUUCUGAAGCCGUAGAGGGAAGUAUUGAACAGCUAGCUGUGAGAUUCAAGCUGCAGGACACUGCAGACACAUUCAAACGGGUAUUUGAUGAGGCCAAGGUCGCCGAAGAAAAAGAGGAACUCAUGACUCAAGUGACAGAGAGCGAUUCCACGCCGCAAGACGGCGAACCUACAGCAUCUGUCCAGAGUGCUACACCUUUGUGUGGAAAGGCAGCCAUCGCUGUUCUGGAAGAGACCACAAAGGAACGUACCGAGCUCCCCCCCGAAAGUAAGCCAAUCAUAGCUGGGCCUCCAAGUCCAGCCAACGCUUCAAAGACAGUGGUGUCCCCCCCUAAGUUUGUCUUCGGCACUCAAAGCCUUCAGAAGAUUUUUGGUUUUCCUAAAUUUCCCUCUGAGGCUGAGGAAUCUGCAUCCGGUUCGAAAGCCAAAGAUGGAUGUUCUGCAAAGGCUUCACCAGCAGAACCAGCCUUCAAGAUCCCAGAGAAAGGGCUGGAUUUUAGGCUUUUCAAAGAUAACCCAAUGGCUUUUUGGACCAGCACAUCAACUACCCAAUUUGAACCCCCAGGGCCCCCCCAGAAAGAAGGAGGUAGUGUUGGGUCGUACAAGGACUCGGAGGUGGAAGUUGUAUAUGUCAGGGAACCAACUGCCGAACAGGCAGCUUUAGCCCAGGAACUCCUGCUGCCUCUCACCUUCUUCUGCUACCAGAAUGAACCAGGCUACACCAGCGACGACCAAACUGAUGACGAGGACUUUGAGUCAGCAAUUAAAGCCUUGAAUGGAAAGCUCUACCUGGAUCCUCCUGAGAGAAAGGCUGCAGCAUGUGGUGAUGAGUCAGACUGCCAGGUGGUGUGGGAGAAGAAGCCGACACCGGAGGAGGAGGAGAGGGCCAGGAGGUACCAGCUCCCCCCCAACUUCUUCUGCGGCCUGAGCACCACAGACAGUGACACGGACCUUGAGAAGCCUGAAGACUUCGAUACAGAAGUCCGCAAGGCUCAACAAGACCUGGGUGUCCUUUUAAACAAAGCUGAAAAUGCCUCAUGCAGCCCUGCUUUAGAGGAGCCAACCUCCAGCAGCCCUGCUGUAGAGGAGCCAACCUCCAGCAGCCCUGCUGUAGAGGAGCCAACCUCCAGCAGCCCUGCUGUAGAGGAGCCAACCUCCAGCAGCCCUGCUGUAGAGGAGCCAACCUCCAGCAGCCCUGCUGUGGAGGAGCCAUCAUCCAGCAGCCCUGCUGUGGAGGAGCCAUCAUCCAGCAGCCCUGCUGUGGAGGAGCCAUCACCCAGCAGCCCUGCUGUAGAGGAGCCAUCAUCCAGCAGCCCUGCUGUGGAGGAGCCAUCAUCCAGCAGCCCUGCUGUGGAGGAGCCAUCACCCAGCAGCCCUGCUGUAGAGGAGCCAUCAUCCAGCAGCCCUGCUGUAGAGGAGCCAUCAUCCAGCAGCCCUGCUGUGGAGGAGCCAUCAUCCAGCAGCCCCCCUGUAGAGGAGCCAUCAUCCAGCAGCCCUGCUGUGGAGGAGCCAUCAUCCAGCAGCCCCCCUGUAGAGGAGCCAACGUCCAGCAGCCCUGCUGUGGAGGAACCAACAUCAGGCCCGACAUUCAGCCGCACUGAAGCCACGGACAGCACUGAGGUUUCGAGCAGCACUGAGGUUUCAAGCAGCACUGAGGUUUCGAGCAGCACUGGGGUUUCGAGCAUCACGUUCACACCGGGGGAGCAAACAGAGCCUCAGACUGAAGCUCACAGCAGCAGCUCUCCCAUUGACCUGUCGACUAAGAAGAGCCCAGAGCCAGAGAGCAACCCCUGGGCUGCAGCAUUCUCUGCUCCAACAGCUGCGUCAGACUCCUCCGGCUUUGGCUUCGUGACAUUGGGAGGUUCCUCUUUUGCUGAUUUGGCCCAAACCACAGACGGGUUUGCAUUUGGAGGUCAAGACUCCAACUUCUCAUGGGCAAACGCUGGAGCGACGGUAUUCAGGGCGGGCAUGAGCUCUGCGCCAAAAAACGACAACGGUGAGGAAGGCAGUGAUGAAGAGGACGCUAAUAAUGGGGACAUUCACUUUGAGCCAAUCGUGUCACUACCAGAGGUGGAGACCAAAUCUGGAGAGGAGGAUGAGGAGAUCCUGUUCAAGGAGCGCGCCAAGCUGUACCGAUGGGACCGCGACCUCGGCCAGUGGAAGGAGCGCGGCGUCGGUGACCUGAAGAUCCUCUAUCACCCGAGCAAACGUUUCUACCGGAUCCUGAUGAGGAGAGAGCAGGUGCUGAGGGUGUGUGCCAACCACACCAUCAUACCAGCCAUGGAACUCAAACCCAUGAACGCCUCGGCCAACGCGCUGAUCUGGACCGCCACCGACUACUCAGACGGCGACGGUAUAGUGGAGCAGCUGGCGGCCAAGUUUAAGACCCCUGAAAUAAUGGAAGCCUUCAAGAAGACCUUCUGCGAGUGUCAGAGCCGCUCGGGCCAGACAGAAGGCGACGCCGCGUUCCACUCGACGCCACAGAUGUCCAGAGUUCAGGAGCACUCCAGAGACACCAACCCCCGGGUGUUCCUCACGGUGACGGCCGACGGACAACCGCUGGGCACAUUGACCAUCGAGCUCUUCUCUCACAUCGUCCCCAAGACGGCGGAGAACUUCAGGGCUCUCUGCACCGGAGAGAAAGGCUUCGGCCUCCGGGACUCCAUCUUCCACAGAGUCAUACCGGCAUUCAUGUGUCAGGGAGGCGACAUCACCAACAGUGAUGGCACCGGAGGGAAGUCCAUCUUUGGCAGCAAGUUUGAGGACGAGAACUUCGAUGUUCGGCACACGGGCCCAGGCAUUCUGUCCAUGGCCAAUCGAGGCCGAGACACCAACAACUCGCAGUUCUUCAUCACCCUGAAGAAAGCCGAACACCUGGACUUCAAACACGUGUCUUUCGGGUGGGUGCGGGACGGCAUGGACGUGGUGCAGCAGAUGGGGGAGCUGGGCACAAAGGGAGGCCCGCCCACAAAGAGGCUGGUCAUCACUGACUGUGGACAACUGUAGCUUUUGAAAUGAGGACAAUGAGAAGUCUUCUUUAGGCUAUUGGUCUGAUAAAACAAGACUUUGGAUAAUGAUGUGUUCCCUCCUGCUUGAACUGAAUCCUUAAACAUUAGGCAUAUGAGAAUUGAACACAGGACUUGUAGACCCUUCAUCAUAGAAACGUGGCUCUGGUAGCCUGGAAUUGGAAAUGUCAUCCUUUUUAACACAAUCACAACGGGAAACAUGGUGUAGUAUGUGGGAGGGGGCAGACAUAGUAUACUUUUCUCUGUUGCACUUGUAUCUUUAUCAUCCUCUGUCAAUACAUUGAAAUUAUUUGUUUGUGUGUAUAAUAAUUGUAUAUGGUUUACUAUUUUAAUGUUCUUUCUUUUGUUUUCUAUUUUGUCUUGCACGUGCUCAACUUCAAUGUGCCGUGCUGGUCCUCCUGGGUAUUUGGUCCCUUUUUUAGAGGACAGAGACACCUGGUUUGGAUUUUUCAAAGGAAAACCAUUAUAGUUUGAGAUAUAUUCACAGAGUUGAAAUGGUGCUUGUUGUACUAAAAUAUGCUGAUAAAGAAAAAAUAAAGUUGCUUUACAAGUA